AUGGGCUUCACAUCCGGCCUGCUGGGCGGAUUCACCCUCACCGCCUCCCUCCUCUACCUAACCACCCGCUUCCACCGCGAAACCCGCCUACACCAAGCGACCCUCCUGCGGCAACAAUCGCUGGUCCUGAACAACGUCGUCGAGCCCCUGCCACCACAACCUCCUCCCCCGGCACGCGAGGUCCCCGCGGGAUUGUGGGAGACGGCGAAGGACAAGUGGAACGCGGAGCUGGAGAAUAAUGUGCGGAAACUGUGGAGUACGGAUUGGAAUGCGGUGAGGGAGGGAGCGGAGGAGAGCGUUAGUGCGGUGUGGAGGAGGGCUUUUAGUGGAGCGAGGGAGGGGGUGGAUGCUGGGGUGGUGAAGGCGCAGGAGGGGAUUGACGUUGCGGGGAGGAAGGUGAAGGAGGGGGUUGAUGUGGGAGUGGAGAAGGCCAGGCAGGCGGUGAAAUAG